AUGAAGGAAAAGAUUGACCGGACCAUCGAGGAUCUGAAAGAAUGGCAGUCGCUAUUUGACCCAUCGUGGUAUCUGAUCAUGAGGCUCACAUAUAGCCAAAUUGAUGAUGGCCUAAGAAAGAACCGAAGAUCUUCUGCUAUGAAAUUUCAAGACCAGAUACCUCCUGCCCAGUCUCUCAGGGCAGCGUUGCAUCCGACAGACGGGUACGCUCCAUCGGUUCGCCUCUCAUCGGAUUCUCUCAUUUCUAUUAACCCACAGGAGAUAUCAUUCUGCUCAGCGCAGGUGGGCCGGAGCCCAGAUAAUGGCCAAUCGCUCAUCGUGGAACGAAUUGAACCUCUUCCAGGCGCUAAUGUCGGGGACAUGAAGAAAUAUAUCCGAGAUCUUGCCAGACGGUUGGCUGGAUCUGAUGCGGGCGAGUUCGGUCUCCUUAGCUGUAAAGAAUAUAUCCACCACAGCAAGGACGACUGUUCUCAAUCUACGCCAGAUGCAUUCACCAUUAUCUUACGAAUGCCAACACAACAUCUUCCACCUCGCUCUCUCUGA